UCAGUGCCAGAGGUGUUUCGUGCAGGAGGCAAAAGCUCCUGCUCAACACGGGAGGAAAGGAGAAAACUCAGCAGUUCCCUGCAGCUAAGGUUAAAGUUUGCUGGGCGGAAAGGAUUUGCUCCGAGCAGCCUAUGGGGACGGAGAGGAGGGGAGAGAGAGAGGAUUCUUUCCCUUUUUAUGUUUGGUCUUUGCCUUCUGCACAGCGCACUGUUGCUUGACAGCUGGAAUCCAGAGGAGAACAUUCAGGCUCUUGAUCCUGUGGCGAGAUCAUCUCAGUCAUGCUGGACCCGUACACUGUUCUGCUCGGGCUUCUGAUCCUCUUGCCGCUCUUGGGAAACCUUUUCUUCCCCUACCUUUGGCUGGACCUGGCGAUGUUCUUCCGUACCGUCUACCACGGAUACAAGUGGCAAAAACGUCUCCAGCGCAAACCGCCCUUCACCCUCCUGGACAGUUUUCUAGCAAAUGUCCAGAAACAUCCCCAAAAGCCCCUGAUUCUCUUUGGAGAUGAGGUCUACACCUACAGAGACAUUGACCAGCUCAGCAACCAGGCAGCCAAGGUCUUCCUGAGCCAGGUAGGGUUGAAAGGAGGGGAGACGGUCGCUGUUUUCUUGAAGAACAGCCCUGCCUAUGUUUGGGUUUGGCUGGGCUUGGCAAAGAUCAGCUGUACCAUGGCGUGCAUCAACUUUAACAUCCGAUCCAAGGUUCUGCUGCACGCGCUCUGCUCCUGUGACUCCAAGGUUCUACUGACAACUCCAGACUUCAAAACAACUGUUGAAGAUGUCCUGGGCAGCAUCAGGAAGGAAGGGAUGCAGGUUUUCUAUCUGAGCAACAAUUCCCCCACCGAGGGGGUAGAAGCCUUGCUGGGACAGAUUAAAUCCAGCUCUGCUGAGACUGUGCCACUUUCCUUCCGAACUAGCACCACCCCCGAAUCUGCAGUCUUGUAUAUAUUCACCUCUGGAACUACCGGGCUACCCAAAGCUGCCAUCAUCAACCACAAAAGACUGAUACGUAUGAGCAGCGUGUUAGCCCUGUGUGGGGUCUCUUCAAAGGACGUUGUUUACACCGCGCUCCCAUUGUACCACACAGCUGGGUUACUUAUUGGGAUUGGAGGGUGCUUGGAGGUUGGCUGCACAUGUGCUUUGAAGUCUAAGUUCUCUGUUUCCCAGUUCUGGGAUGAUUGCAGGCGAUACCACGUCUCUGUGAUCCAGUACGUGGGAGAAGUGAUGCGCUACCUGUGUCAUGCACCAGAGAAGCCAAACGACCAUGAGCACGGUGUGCAAAAAGCAAUCGGCAACGGCAUUCGGUUGGAGGUCUGGAAGGAGGCAGCCUACUGCAUACGAUUUGGACCCAUCCAGAUCCUACCAUGAGCCCUCACCAGAGCCACAGAGGCAAAUGUUGGGUUCAUUAAUUACACCGGGAAGGUCGGAUCUGUGGGAAGAGUCAACUUAUUACUCAAGAUGUUUACUCCUUUUGAACUUGUUAAGUGCGACCUCGACACAGGCGAGCCCGCGAGGGACGAGAAAGGUUACUGCAUCCCGGUAGCCCCAGGUGAGACAGGUUUGCUGUUGGGCAAGAUUACAAACCUCAACCAAUUCACGGGCUAUGCGGGGGACCGCCAGAAAUCAGAGAAGAAGAUCCUCCGAGAUGUCCGGAAGAAAGGAGACUGUUAUUUCAAUAGCGGAGACCUCUUGAGGAUAGACCAUGAAAACUUUGUAUAUUUCCAGGACCGGGUGGGAGAUACUUUCCGCUGGAAAGGGGAGAAUGUAGCCACGACGGAGGUUGAGAAAAUCCUGAUGAUGCUGAAGUUUAUUCAAGAAGUCAAUGUAUAUGGGGUGUCCGUGCCAGGCCAUGAAGGAAAGACUGGGAUGGCGGCCAUCCAGCUAAAGGAGGGACUAUCUUUUGAUGAAGAGGAGAUAUACAGACAUGCCACGGAUCACCUGCCGAGCUAUGCCAUCCCACACUUCAUCCGCGUCCAGAAAACCUUGGCGAUCACAGGAACUUUCAAACAUGUCAAAGGCCAACUAGUAAAGGAGGGAUUCAAUCCUGCAGUCAUCGGUGACCCUCUCUUCUUCUUGGAUGUGGCCGAGAAACGCUACGUGCCGAUGACUCAGGAGAUCUAUAACUCCAUCGCAGAGAAGAGACAGAAGCUGUGAAGAGAGUUUUCAGGCCCCACAGGCGAUGGUGUCCUUCACAGAACGCCUGGAAAACUACCAUUCAGAACUUUGUGACUACUGACUGGGAGGGGAGAGAUCGCCUCAAAUCCAUUUCUUACCAGGGACCAAACCAGAGAUGUUCUCUCUCUGUGUGUGUCGUUGAAAAUCCUGUACAAUGAGUUAAUCUGGAGAUUUUUAAAAUGCUGUUUUUGCUUUGUG